GGCCCAUGGAUGUGUGUCUACUUUUGUUUUUCGGCUCAUCGCUGCUCAUAUCUGCCUGUUGGAGAACUUUUGUGGUCACUACAGCUCACCUGAUGGAAGGCUUUUGUCACCGAAGUAGGGGGGGGCAUCUGUUUUGGCACCUACAGGAAGCCACCCUGAUUGCAGGAUUUCCAGGCUUCUCCUACAUGUAA